CCCAACAGUAACCACUCCCCUUCUCUUUCUUUUCACCUACUCCAUCAUUUACUUUUCUCUCUCUCCUCUCUUUCUUCAUCAUUCUCGACCGUCGCUCUUCUUGCUUCAUUUCAUUCUCCCUCAUUCACACGCCAUUUCUUUAUCCCCUUUUCCAUCCCUCCACCUUUAUAUUGAGAAUGUUGUGAAUGCCCGAGAAGAGAAUCCACUUACACACUGUGGGUCAGGGGUCGACGAUUGAGAACGCUGAGAAGAGAAAGGAACCAGGUAGCAGAGAUGAGCAGCACUGCCACUGAGGGAAAGGGAGAACAGGAGACUCGAUGGCGACAGUCGUGAAGGUGAGCGUGAGACUAAGAGCAAGGCAGAGAAGUGAAGAAGGUCAUUUGAUCUGAGCCUCUAAUUUAGUCAAGACCCACGAGCAGCUGCUUGAAGCUCACUGCUUAGGGACGGUUGAGGAUAGCGAGACGGAGAAGAUGGCCGACGACACGAUGGAGGGGACGGAGAAGAAAACGAAGACAGGGCAGUGGAGAGAAGAUGCCCAAGUCCGAAGUCAAAGAUGGAGAAGAGACAAACGAACUUAAGUGCAAAAUGAGAAGUUCAAGGUUAACAUCGCCAGGUAAUGAAGAUGAAGAGAGGUGGAGUUGUUCAUGGCAAGCAAUAAAGCAGGUUUGGGCUUCAAAGUGGAAUGAAAGAGCUUUUCUUUGUUGCCAAAAGGCCAAGUUAAAUCAUGACAAUAUAUGCAUGGCUGUAUUAAUUCAAGAAGUAAUUUGUGGCGAUUAUGCUUUUGUGAUUCAUACAAAGAAUCCCAUAUCAAGGGAUGCCACAGAGAUAUAUGCAGAGAUUGUGAAGGGCUUGGGAGAGAGUUUGGUGGGGGCAUAUCCAGGACGUGCGAUGACUUUCACUGCAAAGAAAACUAAUCUGAAGCCUCCUAUGGUUACUUGUUUCCCAAGCAAGCUGACAGGGUCGUACAGUAAGAAGUCCAUUAUAUUCAGAUCGGACUCUAAUGCCGAGGACUUUGAAGGAUUUUCAGGUGCUGGCAUUUUUUACAGAGACAGGAAAAAUCACAGAGGGCCUUUACGGCUGCCCUCAAGACAUUGAAGGAGUGGUUAAAGCCGGGACAAUUUUUGUGGUUCAGGCAAGACCUCAAACCUAAUAUUAGAAAAUAUUAUAUCUUAAAAUUUCUGCUGAAAUUGUACUAAAUUUGCAGAUAUAUCACAAAAAGAAUGUUAUCCUUCAUGUUA